CCUUGAGGAGUCACUGCGAUGGGGAGCAAGCGUAAGCUCCGGGCAUCUACAAGUUGUCAAGCUGAAGGAACUUCCUCCGAAAGUGGAAUAGACAGAUUUAGUGAUCUUCCGGAGGAAGUUGCUCAUCAUAUUCUUUCCUUCCUCAAUUUCAAAGACUACACUCGAGUGGGUGCUCUGUCCAAAAGAUGCAGACAAAUUCAUCUAUCAGCUCCGGAAAUGGAUUUUGGUGCAAUUUCAGAAGUUAUUAUUAUGAACGAGAAGACCAUUAAGGCGCUCUACCAGGAAGGCUCCAAGCCAACACGAAUAUGGGAUAAAAUUCAGAACUUGAGUAUACAUUGUGAGAGCUUGAAUAACAAGCUUGUUCCUGCAGUGGUAUCUCUUCUUAGGAGAAUGCCUAAUCUGAAUAUUUUGUGCAUAAAGACUAGCUGUGAGAAGUUGGCUCCAGAAAAAGCAAGUCACUUUGGUAAUGAAUACUGGAAACUGCAAAACCUUGCUUUCAUUUACCAGCUUAAGGAGGUAAGCAUAGAGAAUUCCUAUGGGUCUAAUGAAAUCGAGUUUGCAAGGUAUAUUCUCGACCAUGCUCGAAAUUUGAGGAAAAUGGUUAUUGCUUAUCGUGAUCAAAAUGCUCCAUCAAAAAUUGUUGGGAUGGUGAAUAGGUGCAAUAGGAUUUCCACUCCUGUAGUUAUCAUUCGGCAGAUCUAGACGACACCUACACAAUCUCUUAUCAUGGUCCGGUUAUCUUACAGACCGAUUUUGAUAGUUCAUAUUGUGAUUCGGAGAUCUCAGAUAGAGAAUUAACUUAUUGAGCAAGCAAAGGGUUUUUUGGGAUAGAAAAGGAAGAACGUUUGAUAUUUAAAGAAAAAAACAUUAUAUAUGUUCUUGUCAUAGUACAUUACAUUAAUAGGACAUUUCUACAAUAUUUCUUUUGUAAUAUCUCUUUACAAUUUGCA